AUAUGAAGGUUUUCACAUUGUGCUACAGCAGCGCCCUCUCACAAUGACAGGAAUACAGAGGAUGGAUCACAGUCUUGCCUCUUCCUCUGGAUCUUGUUCACAGAUCUAUACCCACAUGCUGGCUUUGUUUGUUAUGAUGCUUGCUUGUUUUACUAAUGCCACAGAAGGGUGAAGAAGAAAAAAACCUACCCGAACCACUGAGAUGAUGACUGAGAGCUGUUCUCAGCAGUUCCCAACAUGUGUUUGUUUUUGCCUGUGCUGAUCAUUUAGUGUAAUGUGAGCAGUAGACGCCUUCAUCCUGCUCCUCCUCUGUUACUGUACAGAUGGCUCCAGAGAGGACGUAAAUAUGAGCGCUGAGACAGAGAAAGCAAUUAUCAUCUCUUAUGAAGAGCAAGGCCAUCAGAAUAACAAGCAGCUGCUCCCUUUCCAGCUUCCUUGUCCUCGUCUUCAUUCAUUGUCUCCUGACUCAGUCUCUCCUCCAUCAGAUCAGGUGUUUCUCCAGGCAGCAGCCAUCUUUCAGCAGCUUCGAAGAGAGAAACCGGCGUCUCAUCAGCUUCUGCAGUAUGAAAAGAAGACCGACACGCUGCCGAUCAGCAGUGGAGACAAAGCUGCAGAGCAACAAGCCUAUCAGCUGGCUUUUAAUACACUCAAAUACCAAGAAUUACUGGAGACCAUGAUCACUGACAGCUGCUUCCACACAUCUCUGCAUAUUUACGGUGACUUGUUACCGUUGGCAAUGGUGAUGCUGUUUGACUUCCAGCAGAGGAAGUUUCGGCUGCGUCAGUGUCCAGCUGAAGGAGAGCAGGAAGCUGUCCCUGAGGUCAGAGACCUGGAGAAAAGCCUGAAAAGGUGGAAGACCAAGCUGGCAGCCUCCCUGGCUUGCUUCAGAAUUAAACACAAUCUGCGGAGUGUCUCCUGUGUUCUGUCCAAUUCCAUCAGAGUUAAAGAGCACAGGGCUAAAUCCCUACCACUUUAUGCAUGGGUCAACACUUUAAACACCAGCCUUGAUGAGGUGUGUGAGCUGCUACAUGGUGCCAACAUGAGUGAAGUAAAGCAAGUGGUUGACCUCACCGAUUCAACAUUUUCCAAGGACCCCCUCUGUCCAGAUACGCUCAUUUUCUCCCAAAACCUGUGUGUACCUCUCCAAAGCAGCAGCCUCACAAACACACAUGUGCUGAACAUACAGGACAGGAGUGUGUGUGUGGCAGUGAGCGUUUUACAGCCUCUCCUUUUUGAGAAAGGCGACGUCUUGGUGGCAGGCUCCUUCUCAGCUCUCACCCUGGCUCACAUAGCCGUAGCAGCCGCUGCUCGCUCCGGCCAAGUGUUGGUGUGCGGCGCUGACCACACAUCUUUGCAGAAUGAAGAGAUGAAGGCGCUGCUCUCAAAGAUGGACAUCAAAAAUGUCAAAGUCCUGCCAGAAGCUUUUUGCAGUUUGAAUGAGUCAAACGCCACUGUAGAGAGACUAAAGGUCAUCAUAGUGUUGCCUCAGUGUUCUUCUUCAGCUCUCAAUGACCCAGUUGCCACAAUGUACAGUGAACAUGGAGACUGGAAUGUACUUCCGGAUUUAUCCCACGGCUCUGUCUCCAAAAGCAAAAUCUUCUCUCUGACCACCCAGCAGUCCAGACUGCUGGCACAUUCUUUGACCUUUUCAAAGGUCCAGACAGUGGUCUACUGCACCCGCUCAGUGUUUCCCGAGGAAAACGAACAGCUGGUUAGAAGAGUGUUGGAGCAAGCGCAUACUCAUCCAAAACUGCUGCCCUUUAGGGAGAACGGCCCGAUUUUCCCUGAUGACGCCACAUCGGGAGACAAAACAGAUUCCAAGUUCUUCAGGCUUCAGCCCUCUGAGUUCACCAACGGCUGCUUUAUAGCCAGACUGUCGCGGCAGGCUGAUCCCACUAAGGUAGAAACAGUUCAAGAUGUGCUGGCAAGGGCAAUAGCCAAGGGGCUCCUAUACGGCAUAAUAUCUGAACCAUCAAAAACUGGUAAGAAAAGCAAAAGCAAGAAGAAACAAGCUGCUUCCAUCAAGCCUUCAUCUCCCUCCAGCCAGGAGGAAUCUGAAGGAGAGGAGGCUGUGGAUGGAAGGGAGGGUGAAGAGAGUGAGGUUGGAAGGAAGGACGUUAAGACAGAAAAGAAGAAAAAACGAAAAACCAAAAGGAAUCAAAAACAGACCAAAGGCGACAGCACAGGCCUGAAGCAUCAAACUAAAGGGCAGAAGAAGAAAGCAAAGAGAAAAGUUAAUCAAUCCCAGCAGACAAACAGCAAACCAAAGCGAAUACCACGUCUUACGCUGGCGAUGAUGUCUGCUGAAAAACCCUCCAGACACUUGUCUCCAAUCACAGCUCUAGCACACAGGAUCAGCGGAAAACCACUGAAGAGGCUGCAGGAGGGCUCCUCUUCAGUCCCAGAAAAACAUCUCUCACAUAAUAACACCCCUCCCUCUUCUCCUCAGACGGCCUCUGACAGGCAAAAUAUCCGACCUGAGGGUGCAGAGAAGACCCUCGAGGAGGAGGAGGGGGUCCUUCCUGGUAAUAUUAGGAAACCACAGGCAAAGCUGAAGGCAGCAGAUCGCAUUCUGCCACCAAUUUCUUCUUCUCCGAUCUCAGAAGGCAGCGUUGGCGGAUGCAGGGAGUCUCUAAACAACAUCCCUCCUAUAGGGUCACCAUCCUCAGUUGCUCUGCAUGAAUGAUAAAACAUUCUCACUCACAUUCAUGCUGAUAUAAUCCCCCAGUCUGUUGCUAGAGGACUGUUUCUGGCUCUUCCAGAGGUCUCCUUCUGAUCUGAACAUCUUCCUAUGACUGAUGGAACCAUAAGUUAUGUUCUAGAAGAACGUCAUCAAACAGAAUGUUCAUUCAUUAGUUCUUGUUCAUUUCUCUCCACUGUCGCCACAUGCAUGCUGAGGAGGAGCGACCUCUGUAGGAUCAAUGAAUACAUGUAAACAGCUGAGCUUUUUAGAUAGACCUGGCAUCAUAAGAUCAGCAGGACUGUAGUACAUGUGGAUGUGACCCUUGGCAGGUUUCUUACCGAUCGGCUUAUUUGUGUAUGGUUUUAUGUUUUUGCUCAAGUGCUUUGAGUGGAUUUCAGAAUUGGUAUUGUAUAAAUUCAACGCAUUUACCA